UUCCUCUAAGAUUGUGUUUUGUGUUUGAGAAGUACGAAGUCAAAACCCCAAAGGGGCGGAACUCAAACCCAACAAUUAACCUAAAACAAACAAUCCCCAUAUAGAUCUCGUUCAAGUCCGCGCCUCCUCCUCCCGUCGCCCCUUUUGUCAUCACUCUCUUCUAAACUCCAAAUCAAACCCUAAUUCCCCCUCAAUCAUUGCCUUCAAACCUUCAAUCCAUUCAUUACUUUCACCGUAAACGUCAAAUUUAACCCUAAGGAGGCGAAUCGGCGCUCAAUUUGACUUGUUUCGCGUUUCUUUGAAGCUUCCUGCGACUAUAGGGUUUUUCUGCGCUUAAUCCUUCUGGAUUUUGAUAAUUCUUUUCUUUUUGCAAGCUGGCUAUGGACUACGAACCUUUCGAUAGCAGCGGAACUGAUGAUGAUCUUCCGCCAUCCCAUCAAAAUAGAAUUCCAAGAGGUGGACGUGUUGCAGGUAAUGGAAGAUCUGCAGUUAUGGCUCCUGUACAAUAUCCAAGGAUGUAUGCAGAAACAGACAUGGAAGCCCAAAUUCACCACCUUGAGCAGGAAGCUUACAGUUCCGUUUUACGAGCCUUUAAAGCCCAAGCUGAUGCAAUUACUUGGGAAAAGGAAGGUUUAAUAACCGAGCUCCGAAAAGAAUUGAGAUUAUCAAAUGAAGAACACAGAGAGCUUUUGGGAAAAGUAAAUGCAGAUGAUGUUAUCCGGAGAAUAAGGGAGUGGAGACAAUCGGGUGGGAUUCUGAACACAGGGCAAGCUGUUCAUGAUCCAUUACCAAGUCCAUCAGUGUCAGCCUCUCGUAAGAAACAAAAGAUAAACUCUUCAGGACCUUCUCAAUCAUUUGGUGUCCCAUCUCCUUCUUUUCAUCCACAACAACCAGUUCCUCCACCAAACCAACCAUCUUCUUCAUCCGCUAGAAGAGCACCUGUCUCAGGGACAAAAGGGAAAAACAAGAAAUCUGGUGGGGGUGGUGGUCAGAUAAUGGGGGGAGGAUCUUCCCUGAAAAUGCAGUACCCUCCAUCAGGGCCAAGUGGGAGGGGGCAGCUUGGUAAUCGUGUGACUUCUGGGCCACUUGCAAAUGAGUCUGCUGAAGCACCAGCAUUCUCCCCAUUGAUUGGAAGAAAAGUGAGAACCAGAUGGCCCGAUGACAACAAUUUUUAUGAAGCUGUUAUAACAGAUUACAACCCCGUUGAGGGUCGGCAUGCACUAGUUUAUGAUAUUAGUACAGCAAAUGAGACAUGGGAAUGGGUUAAUCUUGCAGAGAUAUCACCAGAGGAUAUACAAUGGGAAGGGGAGGACCCUGGGAUUCCUCAUAAAGGGGGUUAUGGUGGUGGAUCAGGCCAUGGAAUGAGUAGACCUGUUGGACGUGAUAAUGGUCCUGGUGGAGGUGGAGGGAGAGGUAGAGGGUUGCCCAAAAGUCAAGCAGCAGCAAGAAAAGAUUUUCCACCAUCACAGAAUGGCAUUGGAAAGAAGGGUCUAGACAAUAUUCAGUUACUUCACACUGAUACUCUGAUAAAAGAGGUUGAGAGGGUAUUUGGGUCUAGUCAUCCAGAUCCUGUUGAAAUAGAGAAAGCUAAGAAAGUGCUCAAGGAACAUGAACAAGCACUGACUGAUGCCAUUGCAAGGCUUGCAGAUAUCUCAGAUGGUGAAAGUGAUGAAGGUGGGCGAUUUAUGCGAGGGCAGGCAAUGGAUCGAGAAUAACCUCAAAUGAGGAAAAUAUUAGAAGUAGGUGAAAUAGUGAUAGUGAUACUAACUGAGUUGAGUUGAGUUGAGUUGAGUUAAUGAAUGGUGCAUGUGGAUGGGAUGGGAUGUGUAAUUUUAGGGAUAGAGCCCAAAAUUAAUGAGAUUGGAUAUGGAUAUGGAUAUGGUAAAGUAAGUAGAAAUGCAAGAUUGUAAGAUAUGAUAUGAGAUGGUGGUUGAUGGUGUUUACCCCUACUUAUACUUAAUAAUAUUUCUCUCAUGUGUAGUAA